UCAUGUCAUGUGUUCAACAGGAAAGAAUAGAACUGCCAUGCCGAUCUUUGGACCGCUGCGCCGACGCACUCUGCAGAACCAUAUCGACGUCGGUGCUCAUCGCCGGCUACAUUGUUUAAUUCUUGGAGCCGCAGCAAAGUUCUUGCUGCUGUCGCAGUAUUGCUUAUUACAGCCAUGCCUUGCUGAUUCCGCCCAAGGUCCAGUCGAAAACAUUGCCGUAGACCCUGACAUCAUAAAGGUACUCAAUACAUCUGACCGGCUUUGGCUGUACCAGCAAUCAUACGACAACAAAGAGGAAGAUGUGUACUACGAUGGCGUUACCCUUGGCCUAGACUUGACGAAGACGUGCACACAUCUUCUGAAAGUAAACAUGUCAGAUUCGGAUUAUUAUGCCAUGCACAAAAUGCAGGUGGAUAAACAAGACCUAAUUAACAAAUUGCAUGGGAGAAUUUGUAGGGAUGAAACGGCGCCCCGUAUGUUUGUCUCCGAUCUGUUAGAUAAUGAUACAAAGCCUUUCGGGGAAAUGAAGCUUGUAUACACGGAUUCCGGAAGUUACAAAUGCAGCGUGUUUAUUGUGACAUAUUGGGACGAUGAGAGCAACGGCACUUCGGUAUGCGAGAUGUAUAUUCGAGAAGGCUCAGGGAACGUGACUCCGACUAACAGCUGCUUGGAGUACUACAACUGCUUUUGUAAUGAAACUUACUCUCAGUACACAGACGACUGCAAGAAUUCGGAUAUCUGGCCCGAAAGAGAGGAUAACAGUGAGGAGAAACAGCACUUUCCUUAGAACACUCUUGGGUACAUACACUAAAUUUCAAGCACCUUGCGACGAUACUAUAAUUUUGGUUGUUUUCUUAGAGCCUGGCGAUCAUCAAUGAGACUGCCACUCGCU